AUGUCCAAUCACAGUACUACGACCCAUGCUACGGCGUCCGCGGGAACCGACGCGCUCCGCAACCCUAGUCUAGUGGUGCGGGCGAAUAGUAUGCGAGCUGGACUACUCAAUCGUGGAAGGACUCUCGGUAUUGGAUGCUGGAAUGUACGAACGUUCCUGGAUCCUGGUACCCAAAGUCUGACCGCACGCAGCCUUCAUCAGUACAACGUGGAUGUCUGCUGUCUGUCUGAGGUACGACUCCCUGACUCGGGCUCUCGUGAAAUAAAGAUCCCGGGAGUCGAAUCCCACUUCACCCUGUACCACAGCGGCCCCCGCGAUUCCUCUGGUCGACACGGUGUGGCGAUCGCCCUAUCACAACAAGCGGAGCUUGCGCUACUUGCUUGGGAACCAGUAAAUGACCGGAUGGCCUACGUGCGACUGAAGGGUCACUUCACGAACAUCUCCAUCGUCGCUGUGUAUGCACCAACUUCGGCUGCCGAACAGCGCGAUAAAGAGGCGUUUUACUCUCAGUUGCAAGCGCUAGUUGAAAUACUGCCUCGCCGCGAUCUGCUGAUUGUUGCUGGCGAUUGGAAUGGUCGAACUGGACCUGGCGACCCCACAACCAGUCAUCUUCUUGGCCGCUUUGGGCUUGGUUCCCGAUGUGAAAAUGGUGAGAGAUUGCUGAACUUCGCUGAUCGAAACCGACUGCUUGUCACCAACACAUGCUUCCAGCAUCGUAAAAAACAUCUGCUGACCUGGUAUUCAAACGACGGUCGUACGGCCAGUCAGAUUGACUACAUACUAGUCAGCUCAAGGUUCCGCAGCUGGGUUCACGAUAGCAGAUCGAUGCGUGGUGCCGAGACUGGUAACGCCCAUGGGUCGGACCAUGUCCUCGUCCGUACACGCCUGAAAGUUCACCUCUCAUCCGCACCAAAAAUGCCACGUCCUAGACGCCUCAAUGUCGCAAAAAUCCGGCAAGCCAGCACUGCCGAGGCCUUAAGCAGAGAAAUCCGGACCUGUUUUACGGCCCGAGCCGACGGAGAAGUCAGUAACCAGUGGUUGUCACUGAAGACAUCAGUCUAUGGGGCAGCUGAGAAAAUCCUUGGAUACACCCAGCGACGCCGCAGUGACUGGAUCAGCGGAAGAACCCUGCAGUUGUCUGCUCAGACGGCUAGAGCCAGGUCCCGCAACGAUGACUACUUCCGCCAACUUCGGAAGAUGACGGCAAAAUCGGCCAGGGAUGACCGGAAACAAUAUUGGGCUGAAAUAGCGACAUCCAUGGAACAGGCCUCGAACGUUGGUGACACUCGAAAGCUCUAUCGUCUGAUCCGCCAAGUUAGCGGUAAGCCCUUUACACUGAGUGACUCUGUUCGCGAUGUGAACGGCGGCUUUAUUGCUGACAACUCGGCCAAAGUCGAGCGCUGGCGUGAGCACUUUGAGCACCAUCUCAACUUCGAUAGCUAA